AGUUUUUUUUCAGAAGCAAUUGAAUUUUCUUUCAUGUUGUCUCAAUUUGUGUACAUUUAUUAUUUAUUUUAGUUUCUAUUUAAUUAUUUUGAUUGAUUUGUACCAGUAAAGGUCUCAAAGUUUCCUUCAAAUCAACCUUCAUUGGAUUUUCUUCAUACAUUCAUCUAAUCUCUAGUUUCCCGCUUCUAAAGGAGGAUAAUCAACCUCUGCUUUCUGCUAUUCAAUUUUAACAUUUGAAUUAAUAGACUUAUUUCCAAGUACACAGCUGAUGGAAUAUGGAGGCUUUAAUUCCUAUAAUUAAUAAACUUCAAGAUGUUUUCACUACCAUUGGAAGUGACACAAUCCAGUUACCACAGAUUGUUGUUGUUGGUAAUCAGUCGUCUGGAAAAUCCUCUGUCAUAGAAUCUUUAGUAGGUAAAGAUUUUCUUCCUCGUGGACCAGGUAUAGUGACUCGAAGACCCCUUAUACUCCAACUUACCAAUGUACCAUUGGAUGAUAAAGUACAAAGAUCAGCAGAAGAAGGUACAUUAGGCCUCGUAGAAUGGGCUCGAUUUCUUCAUACAAAGAACAAAGUUUAUUCCAAUUUCGAUGAAGUCAGACUUGAAAUUGAAGCUGAAACCGAUCGAAUGUCUGGCUCCAACAAAGGUAUCUGCCCUGAACCAAUCAAUCUCAAGAUUUACUCUCCGCGAGUAGUAAACCUUACUCUUGUUGAUUUACCUGGUAUUACCAAAGUUCCAGUUGGCGACCAACCACCUGACAUUGAACUGCAAAUCAAAGAACUUCUCUUGAAAUACAUUGCGAAUCCAAAUUCAAUUAUUCUAGCUGUCACUGCUGCAAAUACAGAUUUUGCUACUUCCGAGGCAUUAAAACUAGCCCGGGACGUUGAUCCGGAUGGAAGAAGAACUUUAGCAGUUAUCACUAAACUUGAUUUGAUGGAUGCAGGAACAGACGCUGUUGACGUUCUUAUGGGUCGAGUUAUUCCAGUAAAAUUAGGCAUUAUUGGUGUUGUCAAUCGUAGUCAAGCUGAUAUACUCUCUAAAAAGUCUAUUGAAGAUGCUCUUAAGGACGAACAACUUUAUUUACAAAAAAAGUAUCCUACAUUAGCAACUAGAAAUGGAACGGCUUACUUAGCUAAAACACUCAACCGAUUGUUGAUGCAUCAUAUACGCGACUGUUUACCUGAGCUGAAGACAAGAGUGUCAGUGAUGAUUUCUCAAUUCCAAACUCUUUUGAAUUCAUAUGGUGAUGCUGUUGUAGAUCAAGGGCAAACCUUGCUUCAAAUUAUUACACGGUUUGCUUCUGCUUAUUGCUCAGCCAUUGAAGGUACAGCUAGAGAUAUUGAAACAUCUAAAUUAUCUGGCGGAGCUCGUAUAUCUUAUGUUUUCCAUGAAGUUUUUAGUAAACGUCUUGAUGCUGUUGAUCCUUUGGAAGGUUUAAGCUACCGAGACAUUUUAACAGCUAUCCAAAAUGCGACCGGACCCAGGCCAGCACUUUUUGUGCCUGAAGUGAGCUUUGAUUUGCUUGUCAAAAGACAAAUUCGUAGACUUGAAGAACCAAGUUUGAAAUGUGUGGAUUUGGUGCAUGAAGAGAUGGUUGCCAUCAUUCAACACUGUGACUUCGAAAUUCAGCAAGAACUCCUUCGAUUCCCUAAAUUGCAUGAAAAAAUUAUUGACGUUGUUACAACUCUUCUUCGACGUCGACUUCCACCUACCAACACUAUGGUUCACAAUUUAGUAUUCAUUGAAUUGGCCUACAUCAAUACCAGACAUCCUGAUUUCCACGAGGCCCAAUUAAUUGGGACGUUGAUGAAAAAUGCUGAGAUUGACCAGAAGAAGAAGUAUGCUCCGAACAAUGCUCUACCUGCUCCUGAUGAUGAAGCUUCCAGUAGCUCCAAUGAACUAGUGAAAGCUAAACCAGGCUCAUCUCUUGCCCUGAAACUCGAUGCAAACAUGAUCUGGUCAACAUCUAAUAAAAAAGCUAUUAGCCAAGUAUCAGAAGCAGGGGAUAAUAUGAAUGAUCUCGACAGAUUAGGAGACUCAAGUGGACCUAGUAGUUUGCCCAAUUCAACUGCUUUAAUUCAAAGAAAGUCACAACACCAUCAACUUACCAAACCAGUAAACCUAUUACCCGAUGUGCCGGCCAACAGAGAGGUUAGACUAACAUCCAAGGAACAAAGGGACUGUACAGUCAUCGAAAAAUUAAUUAGAUCUUAUUUUUUAAUUGUUCGAAAGAACAUUCAAGACUCGGUGCCUAAGGCUAUCAUGUAUUUCCUUGUAAACUUUGUUAGGGAUAAUCUACAGUCGGAACUGGUUACACAUCUCUAUAAAAAGGAAGACUUUGAUGAACUUUUGUCAGAAUCUGAGCAUAUUGCUGUUCGCCGUAGAGAAGCAACUGAAAUGUUGAAAGCCCUUCAAAAGGCUAAUAUGAUAAUAAGUGAAAUUAGAGAGACACACAUAUGGUGAUCGAUGAAAGUAUUUGAUAUCAGCUUAAACAAUCCACUGAAUGCUAAUCGUCUCUGUUACAAUUAUAAAAUUAUUAAUUACUCUGUAAUCACACUUUAGUUUCACAUUUUUUUUUAUUUGCUUGCUUAUGUUCAAAAUUGUAAACGUAAUCGCAGGUUUAUUGUAUUCUACUGGAUAAAACAAAAAUUAUCACAGAUUUAGAUUACCUUGAUCAUUUCGUACAAAAUUUAACUAUAGUUUAAAUGAAUCAAUUGUCAAAGCGUUACAAUAAAAUGAAAAUUUAACGCC